UCUCCGGUCGAAAAUGAUGAUCCGACGGCAUACUAGCAGCUAGCUUUGAUAACUUGUGCCGAUGCAGUGGCGUGAAUCUAUAUCUUGUUAUUAUUGGUACACUCGUCACUAGUUGGUAAGCACGAUGGCAUCAAAGUGGCGAUUUCGACGGCGGCUCCAUUUGUGCGGCCACGAGGCCUCGGACGCCUCGUCGAACAGGAGCCGGCGACGUCGCCCGCUUCGUCCCCCUCCACCGCGCCGCGCCCACGCCACGAAUCCAUUCCAUUCCCAUUCCUCUCCCCCCUCACGCCGCGCGCCUCCAUAAUACCACACCGCCACCACCCCAUGCCACAACCUCCUCACUCACGCGCCAUUGGAAUUGGCAUUCGAUUCCCCCCCGCCUUGUUGCCGCGCGCGAGGAGCAGAGAGAACCAGCUAGCUAACCUCCGGCGGCGAGGUUCAUGAAGGUUCUGUGCAGCGCCUGCGAGGCGGCGGAGGCGAGCGUCCUCUGCUGCGCCGACGACGCCGCGCUCUGCGCGCGCUGCGACCGGGAGGUCCACGCCGCCAACCGAUUGGCUGGCAAACACCAGCGCCUGCCCCUCCUCGCCCCCGGCGGCCAAAGCGCCGCCGCCGUGUCGCCGCCCAAGUGCGACAUAUGCCAGGAAUGCGACGCCUACUUCUUCUGCCUGGAGGACCGCGCGCUGCUCUGCCGGAGCUGCGACGUCGCCGUGCACACCGCCAACGCCUUCGUCUCGGCGCACCGCCGGUUCCUGCUAACCGGCGUCCAGGUCGGCCAGGAGCUGGAGUCGGACGACCUCUCCCGGGAGCAGCAGCCAGAGGCGUCGCCGCCUCCCCCGCCGUCGAAGAGCGAGCCGGCGCCGCCGCCGCCGCCGCCGCUCUACAACGAGAGCGACUUCGGCUGGGCGGCCGGCGCCGGCGCUACCGGGAGCCUUGCGGACUGGUCGGCCGUGGAGGAGGAGUUCGGCUCCCCUGCGCCCUGCCUCGCGGAGGCCGCUCCCAGGGCCACGCCGAAGCGCAGCCCGCGGGCGCCGCCGGCUUUCGGUGCCGCCGGACAGGGCCGCGUCGCUGGCGGGGUCAUGGAUUGGCCCCUCGGCGAGUUCUUCCGCGGCGUCAGCGACUUCAACGGCGGCGGCUUCAGCUUCGGCGAGAGCGGCACCUCCAAGGCGGACAGCAGCGGGAAGCUCGGGGGCAGCGCGGGUGGCUCCCCGUACUACCGCUCGUCGUCGGAGGACCGGGACGCCGCCAACGAGCUGUUCGGCCAGGUGCCGGAGAUCCAGUGGUCGGUGCCGGCGCUGCCGUCCCCGCCGACGGCCUCCGGGCUCCACUGGCAGCACGGCGGGCACGACAGCAACGCCUUCGUGCCGGACAUCUGCUCCCCAGACGGCGGCGGCGCCGGCGUCCGCUGCUUCCCGACCGCCAAUGGCGCCGCCAAGCGCCAGAGGAACCGCUAGCUCCGACGCGAAGGACACAGGAGGCUCAUACUGGCUGUCGCUAUGUUCCAGACAGAUCGUUCUUGCAGCUCAGCUAGGCAGAGUAGACUGCCGCUGCUGCAUCCAUCCAUGGUGACACCGCUAGUGAGGACUGAGGAAUGCGUUGCACGCAUCCAUGGUGACGGACCGGAGAGAGAGAGAGAGAGAGAGCGAAACGGGGAUUCUCAGUUUGUGCGCGUGUUUGACUGUUGGCGGGUGCACCAUCAAGUCUGGACGAUGCUAGAAACGCCUUUGACUUCCAACGGAGCUCAGCUCACUGAAGCUGAUGCGCUAACCGAUAGCUUAAACACUGGACAGUACGACGCUGAUGCUUCGUUUUCUUGUCCGUUCAAACUCAAAAGCUUGGCCAGUGGCAUGAUAAGGCUCAAUCAAUGUAAACAAAGAUGUUGGCGAUGCUGCUGCUCUGCUUGCAGAUUAGUACAAUGGUGCUAACUAAUCAGUUUGCCUCUCACUCGCUGAGUUGCCACGUCUUUUCUUUUCUUUUUUUUUUAAAAAAAAGGGUUAUAAAAUGGCUUAACUUAGGUAAAUGAUGGUCAUGGAGACAUGGACCGAAUGUUGAAACUAUUUCCAUGGUUAUUAAAUAAUAAAAAAACCACAUACCUUUGGAA